UAUAAAUCGUGUGAAAAUCGCGUAACUUAAAAAUUUUAAAAGCUUUUUCAAUUUUGCAACCCUGCGUGAGUUGGUACUUGCGUGAAUCAAAUAAGCCAACUGACAACCAAUCAGUCCAUUGAAGAACUUGAAACGUAGUUGUGGUGUUAUUGUUCUGUGGCGAUAAAUUUAAUUAAAAAUAUUUAAAUAUAUUUGUGUUGCGUGAUGAGCAAUUGAAUUUCGAAGAGGAAUAAUAACGUAAUAAAUAUUUAUAUACGUGUUUAUUAAAUAAUCACUUGAUUAGUUAAACGAAAAAAAAACGUACGUAAAGUUUUUGAUUGAAAUUUUCUUUGCAUAUAUGCGGCAAGUUCAACAGUUUCGAGGCCGUUAUAAAUUUUCUAUCUACGCGUAACUAAUAGAAUUUGCCAUCACGACGGAGUUUAACGUUCAGUUAAACAACAAACACAUCGUGUGCGUGUAUAAAGUGAAGAAAAAAUUUUAUAUACUUGAGAAUAUUACUUAAAACUUUAGUAUACCUGCAGCACGCUCGAUUUAAAUACCAAAACCUAAGCCUAAGCUAUAAUAUUAAAAUGCCAGUACAAUCUCCAAUUGCUAUAAGUAAUCGCACAAUUGAUCAUAUCGACGAUGCUGAUCCGUUAGAAUAUCAUGGCCACUGGGAACCAGUAGGCGUUGCACGCGUUUAUAACACUGGUACUUCAGCCAUGGUUAAAUUUGCUAAACGUAAAGAGCAACCAUUCAUAACUGGUGGUGGCUUGGGUGAUGAUAAGUAUGCUUUUGAGCAAUUGCAUUUCCAUUGGGCCGAUACUGAUGAGUCAGGCUGUGAACAUACUGUUGAGGGUGUAAAGUACUCAAUGGAGGCUCAUGCUGUGCAUUUUAAUACUAAAUAUGCUAAUUUUGAUGAAGCUAAAAAUAAACCAGAUGGUUUAGCUGUUGUUGCCUUUUUUAUACACGCUAGCGGAGAUAAAGACUGUCCAGAAUUUCAAAAAAUUUCCGAAGGAAUACGUAAUGUACAGAAAAUUAACACAAGUGCCUCAUUAGAUUCUGAUUGUCUCUCUUGGAUUGGUUUGCAAGAGUUGUGCAAACAUUAUUAUACUUACAAGGGUUCUCUUACAACCGCGCCAUAUUUUGAAAGUGUUACAUGGAUUAUUUAUCGUGCACCUAUUUUUGUUUCUAUGGGUCAGGUUAAUGUAUUUCGCAAUCUACAAUCAUGUCCAAAGGAUGAAACCAAAAAAAUUGUUAAUAAUUUUCGUGAGAUUCAAAAACCUGAAAAGGAUCCGGAAAUAACAUUUGCUCGAAAUGCUAAACCAAAAUCUAAGUUAUGAUUUCCGAACGCCUAAGUCAUGAAUAAAAUAUAUAUUAAUAAUUAAUGACCUUUAACUCUAAGUUUAGUCACUAUUUUAUUCAUAAGCAGAGAAAAUAAUUCUUUCAGUUGUAUUACAAUAAGCAUGUCUCUUUUUAUAAAUUUUUAAUAUAUGUAUUUUAUUUUAAAUUAUUUUCCUCAAAUAUGUAACCAAUAAAAUUGGCUAUCGAAUUUGUUUAUGUUUAUAAGAAAAAGGUGCUUGAAUCUUGAUAAUUUUGUGCAUAUAGAUAUAUGUAUUGUUUUGUUUGAUUUUGUUUAACUAGUUCUUAAUUUAAAAGUGGAA